AUGACAGAGGUGCGCAGCGGCUCUGACUCGGAGACGGGCGAGAGGCGGCGCCACAGUCGCCGCGGCACGCUGAGCGAAGUGGCCGAGCAGCGGCUGCGCCAGUCUGGCCGCCAGUCGGCCGUCUCCAUCGGCUCGGGUGUCGAGGGCUCGGCAGUGCUUGCCGAUUACACCAGCCUCGACAAGCUGCAGAAGAAGGUCAGUCACCCGCUGACGUUGGGGGCGCUCCUGCUGUCGGGUGAGGGAUGCCGGCUGCUGGAGGAGGUCAGUCACCUGCUGAUGCCGGAGGCUCUCCUGCUGUCGGGUGAGGGAUGCCGGCUGCUGGAGGAGGUCAGUCACUUGCUGACAUCGGAGGUGCUCCUGCUGUCGGGUGAAGGUCGCCGGCUACAGAAGAAGCUGGGAGAGGUGGAGGAGAAGCUGGACGUGUUGGACAUGGCGGAGAUGCUGCCCAAGCUGCGGGAGUUCCAGCAGGCGCUGAGCGGCUCGCAGGAGGAUGUGCAAGGUCUGUGGCAGUCGCUGCAGCUGAUGAAGAAGGUGGACGCUAACGAGGAGGGCAUCGACAAGCUGACCGGCAUCAUCGAGCACACCAUGAGCAAGCUGAAGAAAGUCAAGAAGCACACGGAUCGACUAGAUAAACAGCUGAGCGAGCUACUCGGAAUGGCGGGCGAGAAGGGUGAAAAACCGGUCUCGCUCGCCGACAUGGAGACCAAGUACGUCGAGAUCAAGAACGUGAUCGCCGGCUUGAUGGGCGUUGCGCAGGAGGGCGGCAUGCCGGCCGCCUCCUCAGACGACCUGCGCUCGCUCGGCGCCGGCAUCGUCACCUGGAGCGGGCUGGAGGGCGCCCUGGAGGACGUCAAGGGCGACCUCAAGGCCAUGGACCAGCUCAGCGACGAGACUCUGAAGGCGGUGGAGCAGCAGCAGACGGAGGCCCGGCAGCAGGAACUGAUCGAACAGGGUGGCCAUGCGUCGAACAGUGAGACAAAGGCGAAGCGGUUACUGGCCCACCUCAGCGAGCUGCUGGACAAGCAUAAGAUUCUAGAGAAGCGUGUGUCCCAAAUGGAAGCGGCCCUAGGAGACAACUUCUCCGACAAGGUGAUAGAGCAGCUCACCCUGCUGAAGGCUUCCGCCUCCCAGAUCCAGGAGCUGCGUAUGAAGCUCAGCAUGACGGAGAAGGAGCAGAGUGGCGGCUGGAGCGACCUGGACGUCGUGGCCGAAGGGGAGAGUAGCAGCCAGGGCAGCUUCGUCGGCCCGUCACUGUCGCUGAAUCUCACUAGCCUCCGCGAGCCCUCGCAGAUGGACCUCAACCACCUGACCGACUGGCUCAACUACAACAAGGCGCGCAUGGAGCAGCUGGAGAAGGCGCUCGUCUCCCAGUCGGAGCAGGUGCGGGACUUCGGUGACCGUCUGGGGGACCAGGUCGUCUCGUUCCGUGACAAGCUGGAGCGGGUGGAGCGCGAGCUGGCCGGCAUGCUCGGCCGCCUCUCCUCGGCUGCCAACAAGCCCGGCAUGACGCGCGAGGACGCCGCUGCCUUACACGACGCCUACGCCAAGAUCCAGGCGCUGCAGAUGGACGUCGAGUCGCUCAGCGCCGUCUCCAAGAAAAUCGUCGACGACCGCGGCCAGAUCGACGACGAGCUGGCGAUGCUGAUUCGCGCCCUGGAGGAGCUCAAGGAGUGUAAGGUCGACCGGGCAACGCUGGACGAGCUGAUCGAGACCAAGGCUGACCGGUCCAGCGUCGAGAAGAAGGUCUCCAGCUGGCAGUUCGAGCAGGCGUGCCAGGAGCUCAGCGAAGGCCUCGGCUCCAUGCUGGAGAAGAUGGGCUCACAGGAGACCGAUUGGAUCCGCAGCGUGGACGAGAUCCACGCCGACCUGCACAAGAAGCUGGACCGCGUGGAGCUGGCGCCGCUGCGCCGCUACAUCAACUCCCGGCUCAAGAACAUCAUGGCCAAGCUGAACCGGCUGAUCGCCGAGGACGAGAGUCCCGACGCGUGCGCCACGCGCCGCAAGAUCAUCCGAAACCUCAACUGCCUCUCAUGCGACGACCCAAAGAAGAUCACGGGCCUGACGGCGGCGCCGGUGGUGCCCCUGCUGGAGCCGUUCCCACCGAGCGUAGGCGAUCGACACCAGAUCAGCUACCGCAUGGGCAACAUUCGACGCCAGCAGCAAAUGCGGUGCGAACCCUACAAGGAUAUGACGUCACACCAGGGCGCGUUCCGCAGCCAUAUCAAGCAGGAGAUCGACUACAUGACACACCGCGGAAUCCCCCACCACCCCACCUGUCCUCUCUACAAUAACAGGAUUCCGCAUGGCCGCUGUACGUGCGUGGCGACGCGCUUCUGCGGCGGCUCGCACACCAAGAUCAACUGCGUGGACACGCGCAUGCGACGAAUCGGCCUGGGCGCCCCGCUGAUGCCCAGCUCCAUGUCCGGGUCAUGCCCGGCUCUCUCCUGGCUUCUCCGCAUGAUCUCGUCAUGA